UACAUGGUUGUUUACCUGACAACAAGAUUUAUGUUGGGAUUUGCGGACAAUCAAGGCUUUUAAUUUACUUUCUUCAUGUAGUUUACUCUCGAUAUUUUCGAAAAUAACAACAACUAAAGUUUAUAAACAUGACUACUGUUAUGCAUGGCCGGCGUAGGGGUACUACAAGAGCUACCCCUACACAACUUGAGCCUCCAGCACCAAGUAUGCACCUGCCAGAUGGUACAGAUUUACGUCAGGUGACAGUUUUAAGUAAAGCUGAUUGGUCAAGAAUUCACGAUGAAUUAAACAGACGGAAUAUCGAGGAGGAAAGGGUACAAAGAAUAAAGGCAGAAAAAGAAGCUCAAAGACAAAAAUCAAAAGAAAUUGUAAAAAAUUGGGGAAACACAAUAGCUGGUCAGAGACAAAAGAAAUUACAAGCAAGAAGGAUACGUGAGCAGAAAGAAGAAGAGGAGAGAGUGUUGAUUGAUAUUGAAGAAGCUAAAUAUCAGGCUGCACAACGUAAAGAAGCAAUAGAUAAAGCUAAAACACAACAAUAUUACCAAACAGACAGAGUUAAAAACUUCCAUGGAGCUUUGUUACUUACUGAAGUAUUAAAAGAGAGAGAAGCCCAAUUAGAUCUGAAAAAAAUGAAAGACAGGGCUAAUGAUGGAAAGGAUAAAGAAUGGUUGGAAAGGGUACGAAGAGAAUAUGAAGAGGGUAUACAGCGAGAACAAGCGAAGGCACAGGUGCGACUUAAUGCAGCAGCAGAAACCUGUGAUUUCCAGAAAUUACAAGUGGCAGAACAUAUGAGGAUGAAUGAGUUACAGAAGGCUGAAGAUAUAGUGGAGGGUGAAGAAUUGAAGAAACUAGGAAUACAAUUCCAGGAAGAGAAAGAACAAUUAGAAAAAAUCCAGCGUCAAGAUAGACAACAAUUAAUGUUUGAUAACGUUCAACAAAUUGAGGAUACAAAGAUGCUCAGUAGUUUACAGGCUAGACAGGAAGAGGAAGAGGAUGAUGAAUGUAGAAUGUUUGCUGCUGCUAAACGUAAAAUGAUGAAAAUGCGGGCAGAAAAAGAAAACCAAAUACAUCAUGAAAAACAGCGUCAUUUGGAACAGAUUCGAGAUAAACUUCGAGCUCAGAUGAAAGAUAAAGUUGAUAAUGAGGAUGAAAGAAUUUUACGAGCUGAACAAGAAAUAGAAGAAAAGAAACUUAAAGAAGACCAAGCACGAGCUGAAAAAGUAAAAAAAAUGAUUCAGGAAUCAACAGAUCACAGACAUGAAUCUACAUUGAAGAAGGAACAGGAAAGAAAAGCUAAAAAAAGAGAGGAACUUGAAUUGAUUCAAUUACGCAAAGCAGCAGAUGAAAUAUUCAAAAAAAAUGAAUAUGAAAAAAGUUUACUGAGGAAAGCUGAGGAUGAGAAAUUAAAAGCUUACCACACAAAACAAGUGGAACAAAACAAGACAGUUGAAGAAUUAUUACGUCAGGAACAACUGGCACUAGAUAAAGCCAACGUAGAACUUCUUGGAUUGGAGGAGAAACAAUUUCAAGAAUAUGCUCAAGCAGUCAUAAAACAUUGUAAAGAAGGUGGUAGAAAUGUUUAUCCCCUGAAAAAGGCGGCACAGGAGGGUGCUGGUGGGGGAUGUGGUCCAAUUUUCGCUGGUAAAGGAGGAAUUCGACCAAGCUAUAUGGCUGCGGAUCGAUCGGGAAAUCAGUUACCCAACUUUCAGGGAGCUACUACUGAUGAGGUCAAACUAACAAUAGAAGGAAAGGGAACAACGAAGAAAAGAAUUGGUUUUGUGUGGUAAAUCCCCCAAUAGUAUCUUAUACAAACACAGUUUUAAAUGUUAAAAACCUGAUUUUUUGGGUUUCCCAGUGUUUAAAUUUUAAAAACGUCAAUCUUAAACCAUCAAAACAUUAGUUUUUAGAGAAGGCAUAAAUAUUUUAACUAGACAAUAUAUCCUCCUGUGUCUUGGAAUCGUGCAGUAAUUUAUCAUCAGAAUCAACCGCCUUCAAUUUUGGUACCGUUUCCAUAUUUUGAAAAGUAAGACCUGACAUCAGAAAGAUUAUAUAACACAUGUAUUUUAUUUAUUGAAAUCAGGGAUUUUCUUCUUGUGAUGAAUUUGGGUUUUUUAUGGUCAGGAUAGGAUUUAAUUUUUUCUUAAUUUUGUAAAAUAUUUCGACAUUUUUAAAACAAACCCAACUAAAUUUAAAUAUAUUGCUAUAUGAAUAUCUGUGAUAAUUGUAACACUAUUAAUUGUAAAUAGUAUAUUUAUGGGUGUGUUAUAUAGGAUUGUUAUUACAUGUGACCGUUUAUCACUGGAUUGGAUAAAUUAUAGUUUAAAAUAUCAAGACAUUAUCUGUAUAUAGUAAUUAAUUAAAUAUUAGAAGAAAACUUCUGGAAUUAACAAAGCAAUAUAGAAUAGAAUAUUUUGAGUAUGUGUAACUUUAUUUUAUUGUCAUACAGUUUGUUUCCCCCUCGCAUGUACUGUGUAAAACUCACCUUAUCAGCAUUAAAAUAGCCCAACAGUUAGUUAUCUGAUCAUGGAAUAAAACAUCAAUAUUUACAGUAAA